CGGGCCGGGCCGCCGCGGGUUGUAGGUGGUGGGGCUGCGACCCUUCCCGCCCGCCGCCCCCUUCCCCGCCCCUCGCCCGGCACCGCUGACAGGAGAGAUUUACAGAUAGCAUUCGAGCAUCAUGGAGCCUCUAGGUUCUACUCUGACGGCGACUUAUGCCCACCCCAGGCCAACACCAGCCAGCUUUCUCCCAGCCGUCAGCACCAGGGCAUCGAGCUACAGGGACCGCUUCCCCCACUACAAUCUGACCCACAGCCCGAGCCUUCCUUGGAGGCCGAGCACGUACUACAGAGCAGCCGCCAACUCGCCGGCCUUGGAGCCGUACUGCGCCAGGUCCCAGAGGGCGUCCCAGAGCGCCAUGCUUCCGUUUGUCUCCAACAGAACCACUCUGCUCACCAGGUACACGCCAGAUGACUGGUACAGGUCCAACGUAACCAACUGCCUGGAGUCCAGCACUUCCCGCCACAAUUCAGAGAGGCUGCGGGUGGACACGUCUCGCCUGAUUCAAGACAAGUAUCAACAGACAAGAAAGACCCAGGCCGACUCCACCCAGAAUCUGGGCGAACGAGUCAAUGACAUAGGGUUUUGGAAAUCUGAAAUCACGCAUGAGCUGGAUGCAAUGAUUGGAGAGACAAAUGAACUAACAGAUGUUAAGAAAAAACUGGAGAGGGCUCUGAUGGAGACAGAAGCCCCUCUUCAGGUGGCCCGGGAAUGCCUGUUCCACCGAGAGAAGAGAAUGGGAAUCGAUCUAGUGCACGAUGAGGAAGUUGAUAUUAUUCUGUGUUGUCAAGAAAGAAUGAAGAUGCAUUUGGACAAAGCCAUUGCCCAGCUGGCAGCCAACAGAGCUUCCCAGCACGAGCUGGAGAAGGACCUGAGUGACAAACAGGCGGCUUACCGCAUCGACGACAAGUGCCACCACCUGCGCAACACGUCGGACGGCGUCAGCUACUUCCGCGGAGUGGAGCGCGUGGAUGCGACGGUCUCGGUGCCCGAGUCCUGGGCCAAAUUUACCGACGACAACAUUCUUCGCUCCCAGAGCGAGCGAGCUGCCUCGGCCAAACUACGGGACGACAUCCAGAACCUCCUGGUGGUGACGGCCAACGAGAUGUGGAAUCAGUUCAACAAAGUGAACUUGGCCUUCACCAGCCGCAUAGCUGAGACUGCAGACGCUAAAAAUAAGAUCCAGAUUCAUCUGGCGAAGACCCUGCAGGAGAUUUUCCAGACUGAAAUGACCAUCGAGUCCGUCAGGAAGGCCAUCAGGGACAAGUCUGCCUUCCUGAAGGUGGCUCAGACCAGACUGGACGAGCGUACCAGGAGACCCAACAUAGAGCUGUGCAGGGACAUGGCGCAGCUACGCCUGGUCAACGAGGUGCACGAGGUGGACGACACCAUCCAGACCCUGCAGCAGCGCCUGAGGGACGCGGAGGACACUCUGCAGUCGCUGGUCCACACCAAGGCCACCCUGGAGCACGACCUGGCGGUCAAAGCCAACACCCUGUACAUCGACCAGGAGAAGUGCAUGAGCAUGCGCAAGAGCUUCCCCAGCACCCUGCGGCUGGUGGGCUUCUGCUAGGACCCCCCCCCCACCGGCCAACCGGCUCCCCGCGGGAGCAGGAAAGGUGGAACCCGGGCGCGUGCGCACACGGCAUGAGCCCUGAUGCACCCACUUAUUAAAGGAUCGUAUUGAUAGACAUGUACCGGGCUCCCAUCUUGGAAAACCUUUCGUUUGUGUCCAGACCUUAAUUCUCUACGAUUUACUGGGCUUCUGGGCCAGAGAAAUAUGACCAACGUAAUAGACCAGGUGAACAAGAUUAUUCGCAGAGCUCUUGGUGUUCUCUGUGUAACAGGAAUGGGCCGGAAAGGAGAAAUGUGUUUUCUCGGAGGCCGUGGGGUCAGGAAUCCCCCCAGGGCGGAUUUUGAGCUGCGCCUCCAGGGAAAGGCGGACAGAAGUGGACAGGUCUGUGGGGAGGUGGUGGUCGGGGUAGUCUGAGCAAGGGCGGAGAUGGAAAAAGUUAGCUGCACGGGGACAGUGGUAAGGAGACCAGUUUGUGAGUCAUAACGCAGGUGGGUGCGCAUGAGGAAAUAGGGUGGGCGACUGGAAAGGGGGAGGGGCUUCAACCCCAGGUUCAGGAGUGGGGGAGUGACGCACAGCUCUGCGCGGGGACACAGCCUUGUCAAGCAACGACUGAGCGAGGAAAGGGAGCCGGAGAGAUGGCUGCGGAAGGAGAAAUGCAGAACGUGUUACAGGAAAUGGGCGGGACCGGCUACCUCUUUACGUGCGAGUGAUGCCGAGUCCAGGGUGAAUGGAGGCAUGGGUGCUAGGUCGGCUGGGAAUCGGCGCUUUGCUUACGCUCUAGGAGGCUCCGUGUUAUCUCAGGGUUAUUGAUUUAUUCCUAAAUAACUUUUUCUUUGUUACUAACAUUUACUGAUACGUAUUUUGGAAAAUAGAGAAAACACACACACGCAGAACCCCUCAAAAGUAUGGUCACAACACCCAGAAAUAAUCACGACGUUUGCCAGCAGCUUAUGGUAUGUGCGUUCAGUCUUUUUGUGUGACCUUUAUAUGUGCAUAUAACAUUUAUUUACAUAGGUAAUGUGCACUUUUUGUAUUUCUUUGCAAGUAGGUGUAGCAUGUAAGGCUUCUAUUUAAAUUCAUAAUUAAUAACAAUAUUUGGGGCCACACCGCUGAUUUGUAAUCUCCUUCUCCCUAUUCAAAUAUUAUAAAUGGGCUUCCAUGUCAUUAGCUCUUCACGCACAACAUCACCUUUUAAAGCUUUGCCUUUAGUGUCUUUCAAAACGAUAAAUACCAUUUGCGGAAGUUCCAGAAAUACAAGCAGUAACAUAUUCACGUUUCUCUGUCUGACUUCUUUUACUGGAAUCUAAAAAAGAAAAUGAAUGAACGUAACAAAACAGAAACAGAUUCACA